CUAACUACUAGGUACACAUUAAUGUGGCGGCCAGCAGUUCUGACAUAUAUACACCCCACCAGUGUAGAUGAAGGCAAUUAAAUCAUGAAGUUGAUUAUGUGUAGAUGAAGGAAAUUCUGACACGGAUGACGGAUGUGCCAAUUUCUAAAUAGUCAUAUUCUGCUUUGCAGUUGCACACACAUCAUUGAUUCAUUUCAUCCUCACAAUACCACAUUUUGACACAAGUAUUCGCUAUAUAUCCAAAUAUAUAUGUUGGCAAUUAUGAUUUGGGCAGGCGUAGCGCUAAUUGUUGCUAUGGUGAUGCUGAAACAGAGAUUGAUGAGGAAGAAGAAGCGGGAAGUACCGGGCCCACGGGGGCUUCCCCUGUUGGGCAACUUGCUCCAGAUGGACAAAGCCAGGCCUCAGGAAUACCUGCAGAGGCUGGCCCACAAGUACGGGCCCCUGGUCUCGUUGAGGCUGGGCCGGGCUCGUAUCCUGGUGGUGUCGUCGUCACGCAUGGCCGAGCAGAUCCUGAAAACCCACGACCGCUCCUUCUGCAGCCGGCCUGCGGUGGUGGGCCAGCAGAGGCUCUCCUACGGCGGCCUCGACAUGGCCUUCUCCCCUUACAACCACCACUGGCGGCGGAUGAGAAAAACGUGCGUCCUCCAUCUCUUUUCUGCCAAACGGGUAUUGUCCUUUCGGGCCGUACGUGAGGAUGAGGUCAGACGCAUGAUAACCAAAAUCAGUAACAACAAGAGCCUGCAGGCUGUCAACUUGAGCGGCAUGGCCAUGUCACUGGCCAGCAACCUGAUAUGCAGAGUAGCCUUCGGGAGGAGGUACGAUGAUGAUGAGUAUGAGAAGAUAAGGUUCGACAGACUCAUCAUAGAGGCCCAGUCCCUGAUGGUCAGCUUCUACUUCAAGGAUCAUUUUCCUGCACCUUUUGGUGUUUGGGCCGACAAGGCGUCUGGAUUGAUGGGGAGACUGGACAACAACUGCAGAGAGUUGGAUGCGUUUUACGAGCAGCUCAUCAACGAGCAUCUCGACCCCAACAGGACCGAAACGUCAGAUCCCGACAUUAUUGAUCUCCUCAUUCAGCUCAAACAAAACCAAUUAGGGGAUCAGUUGUCUUGGGACAAUAUCAAAGCAUUGCUCAUGAAUCUAUUUGUUGCGGGAACUGAUACGGUGGCAGCAAUAAUAGUUUGGACAAUGACAGGUCUCAUGCAACGGCCCAAAAUAAUGAACAAAGUAAAAGCACACAUCAGGCGGCAAAUUACCCCCAAUCUUAAUAAUAAAGCUGGAUUUGUCCACGAGGAUGACAUGAUGAAGCUACCGUACCUAAAGGCGGUGGUGUUGGAGGCUCUGAGGCUGUACCCACCGGCCCCGCUUAUAUUCCGAACCCAAAUAUUGCCAAAUGAAUGCACGGUGGUUAUCGAUGGGUAUGAAAUCGAGCCUGGGACGUCGGUUUAUAUCAACGGGUGGGCCAUGGGUAGGGACCCAGAGAGGUGGGAGGACCCGGAGGAGUUCCGGCCCGAAAGAUUCAUGGGUAAUGAUCAUAUGGGCCGAGACUUGGGCUUUGAGAUGAUACCAUUUGGCGGAGGGAGGAGAGGGUGUCCUGGGAUGGAUAUGGGUCUAAUAUCCGUCCAGCUCGCACUCGCCAAUCUGCUAUACUCCUUCGAUUGGGCCUUGCCUCAUAAUCACUACACCAUCGACACUGAUGCAUUGCCAGGCCUCACCAUGCAAAAGAAAACCCCACUCCUUCUGAUCCCUUCCCCACACUCGAUAUGUAAUUAACAUCACCGUAAUGUAAUUACCACACUACUACACACUUUGUCAGGCCACUUACUUAAUUAAGAAUUAAUAUUUGUGAUUGACCAACUCACUACUGCUUGCUUGCGUGCUGCUGCUGAAGCCCUAAGUAAGCUGUGAGACGUAUUCUUUAUCAAUCAUAACUAGGAUCCAAUGCCAAGAAACGUAUAUAUGAUCAUUUGAAUUUGUAGUCAAGUUUUAAAUGCCUAAAUUACAAAGUCAUUCAAUCUAGAUCAAUUAUUUUGAAGGAUUUUAUGAGGUAAUUGGAUUCAUCCCUCCAGGGAUUCAAUUCUAACAUAUCUUUGAACUGGACGCCAAGCAAUUUGGUUCAUUUAAUUCAUUUUUUUUUUAUAUAUGCUUGUUCAAAUGCAAUUUCUUGGUGCAAAGUACAUCCC